AUGAGACGAAGGUCGAGUCCGUUUCUCGCUCUCCUGCUUGAAGUUACCCUUUAGGCGGCAACGGAUCGUCGGCGAAAUUCCGAAUUGUGUUAAAUCACUAACCGGAGGAAGCGCGUGUUUUCCUUCUCAGCGGCGAGUAAUUUGGCUGCGCUAUACACAUUCCGAUUCUUUGAUCAACAUCAUGAAAACUGCUGAUGCAUCUUUGUUCAGCAUGUUCUCCAGACACAAGGAUAAAAGUUCUCCAUCCAAUGAUGAUUCAGAGGACCUUGGUGAUGUUUUUGAUAGUGAGGUGAACUCUUACCUAAACAACAGGAAGGAGGCACAUUAUAAAAAGAUUAUUUGGGAGCAAAUUAACAAAGACUAUCUUCAGGACCAAGCAGCUAAGAAACAAGGCCUGAAUAUCGUUGGAGCUGCAGCUGUGGUUAAAAAAUCAAAGAAGAGGAAAAGGAAAAUAGAAGCUCCAAUAAACAAGCCUGCUCAAGCCGAUACAGAGGAAACUACACAUGAAAUGCUAAUUAAAAAGAGGCUCAGUUCAAAAUUCGACUUUGAUGUGUUGGACAAACUCCUCUACGAUACACCUGCACCUGAUUCAAGCGAAAAGCAGGGAGCCUCAAGUUGCAAAGAGAAUAGUUCAUCUGGUCAAAGCCAUUGUAUAAACGAGCUUGAAGACGACUUCGAAGACAAUCAUACCGAGACGGUGUUUGAAGAAAACUUGGACAUUGAAGGUGAAGAUCCCACAGAAACUUAUGGGAAUGAGUAUUAUGAUUUCCAAAACGAGGAAGAGUAUGGCUACGGAUACGAUGACUAUGGUGGUGAGGAGGAAUAUUAGUUGAUUAGUUUUUUACACAAAAGCUUCUUAAUUUUGCCUGGGGUAAUAUGAUGGAUUCCGGAUAACAACUAGAAGUUAAUGAGAGAGCUUUAAAUUAAUUUCGGAUGUUUGGCGACAGACUUAGGAAAAUAGCAACAGUCGAUGCUUCUCUUUUUAAUUUCCUCUAUUGGAAGGAGGGGAUCGAUUAGGCAAAGUUCCUCCAAGAAGAAAGAAAAUCAUGACGUCCAUAUAAAGAGAGGCUUUCAGGCAGAGAUACUGAGUUAUGUGACAAAAGCAAAAAACUUGGGUGGAGCCUCGGUUGCACCCAUUGAUACACUGCCAUGUGGCAAUUUUGUUUUUUUUUUCAAUUUUAAAUAUUUUUUCUAUGUAUAAAAAAGGGAUGUAUUGGGAUUAAUCAUCCCUCGUGACAAAAAGGGGAGAAGGAAGCAUAAAUAGGAUUAUUUUGAUGGGUGAAACAAAAUCGUGUGUAUAUUUCAAGAAACGUCGAUGAAGUUUGUCAACUCCAAUUACUGUCUUGUUAUUUUUUAAAAAAAUAUGUGAUUUGUUGUAUC